CGGGUCAUAAGGAUCCAUUAAUAAUUGGGAGUGUCACUCUUUCUUAGUUCCAGCCUUCAUCAUUCAUGUUGUGACACAGUGCUCUUGGGCUAUCAUUCAGAUCCAGGUUGAAAGAAGUUCUGCAAAACUGGUCUAGUUCUUCCCUUAGGGAAGAAGCAGUUGAAAUAUAUUGGAGAAUUCUGAAGAAUGGAAGAAAUACAGUCUCAAUCAGAUCCUUACAGGUCUUCAUCAUCUUCAGCUAGUAGUCCAGCUAGUAGGGUGCCAUCAAGUAAUUUCUUCUACUUGCGGAAACCUGGUGCAUUUAGACAACCAAUUUCUUUUGAAGAUUCACCUGUUUGGGAUGAGACAGAUAUAGAGGUCAAAGUCGACGAAGGAGGUGAUUCUAUACAUGCUGCGACUACGCCACACUCCCCUUCCCUGUCAAAAAUCAAUAGUGGUUCCUUACCCUCUCCUCGUUUACCAGAGGAGACAGGUGUUACAAGGAAGAUUUUAGGGGCUUCUAUUGCUUGGAAGGACUUGACUGUAACUAUAAAGGGAAAAAGAAAAUACUCCGAUAAGGUGGUUAAGAGUUCACAUGGUUGUACAUUACCUGGAACGAUGACUGUAAUCAUGGGUCCCGCCAAGUCAGGGAAAUCAACACUCUUGAGAGCUCUUGCAGGAAGGUUACCUGAUUCAGCGAGAAUGUACGGCGAGGUGUUUGUAAACGGAACAAAAAUGCACAUGCCUUAUGGUUCCUAUGGAUAUGUUGACAGAGAAACUACUCUUAUUGGAUCACUAACAGUGCGUGAGUUCCUAUACUAUUCAGCAUUGCUUCAGCUUCCUGGUUUCUUUUGUCAGAAAAGGAGUGUGGUGGAGGAUGCUAUAGAUGCUAUGUCACUGGGAGAUUAUGCUAAUAACCUUAUAGGUGGCCAUUGUUACAUGAAAGGUCUUCGAAGUGGUGAGAGAAGGCGUGUCAGCAUUGCUCGGGAACUUGUCAUGGGACCACAUAUUUUAUUUAUAGAUGAACCCCUUUAUCGUCUUGACAGCGUUUCUGCACUUCUGAUGAUGGUUACAUUGAAGAAGCUUGCCAACUCCGGCUGCACUCUGAUAUUCACCAUUUACCAAAGUAGUACUGAAGUAUUUGGCCUUUUUGACCGAAUUUGCCUCCUCUCAAAUGGAAAGACAUUAUUCUUUGGUGAAACAUUGGCUUGCUUACAGCACUUCUCCAAUGCUGGAUUUCCUUGCCCAAUAAUGCAAAGUCCUUCUGAUCACUUCUUGCGUGCUAUAAACACAGAAUUUGACAGGAUUAUUGCAAUGUGCAAAAGCUGGCAGGAUGACCAUGGAGACUUAUCAUCUGUGAGCAUGGAUACUGCCGUUGCUAUACGUACCCUUGAAGCAACCUAUAGAUCAUCGGCAGACGCUGCUGCUGUUGAGUCAAUGAUAAUGAAGCUUACUGAGAAGGAAGGUCCAUAUCUCAAAAGCAAAGGAAUGGCAGGAAAUGCAACACGAGUUGCAGUUUUGACUUGGAGAUCCUUAUUGAUUAUGUCAAGGGAGUGGAGAUAUUAUUGGCUAAGGUUGAUUCUUUAUAUGCUUCUUGCCGUUUGUAUUGGCACUGUGUUUUCUGGAUUGGGGCAUUCCUUGUCGUCUGUCAUGACAAGAGUAGCAGCAAUAUUUGUAUUUGUUUCGUUCACCUCUCUGCUAGGCGUCGCCAGUCUACCUGCACAGUUGAAAGAGAUCAAGAUAUACACCUGCGAAGAAUCAAACCAGCAUUCUGGGGCAUUUGUUUUCCUGCUUGGGCAGCUUUUUGCCAGCAUCCCUUUCUUGUUUCUUAUCUCCAUCUCGUCAAGUCUGGUCUUCUAUUUUCUAAUUGGGCUGCGGAAUGAGUUCAGCUUGCUGAUGUACUUUGUGUUGAAUUUCUUUGCGUGUCUAUUGGUAAAUGAGGGGUUGCUACUGCUUAUUGCUUCCAUUUGGCAAAAUAUCUUCUGGAGCAUCUUAAGUUUUGUGUUCAUACAUGUGAUAAUGAUGCUUUCCGCUGGUUUUUUUAGAAUCAGAAGUGCUUUGCCUGGACCGGUAUGGAUGUACCCCAUUUCUUAUAUUGCUUUUCAUACUUACUCUAUCCAGGGACUGUUGGAGAAUGAGUACGUUGGAACUUCUUUUGCUGUUGGGCAGGUGAGAAAUAUAUCUGGUUAUGAGGCUCUGGAAAAUAUCUAUGAUAUAUCUGAUUACAGGAACGCUAAGUGGAAAAAUUUACUGGUGUUGUUUCUUAUGGCUGUUGCAUACAAAGUAGUUGUUUUUAUUCUGCUCAAGUUUUGUAUCUGGAAAAACCUAUCUGUCCGCAAACUUUUCCUGUGUAACCAAAAUUCAAUGAAUCGCAGAUAGAUGCUAUACUAUAGACAACUUUUUGUUGGGUAUUUAUUAUUUCUUAUA